ACACAGCAUGGUGGGCUAAGAGAUACUGUAGUUUGCUAAAAAAAAAAGACAAGCUUCGGAUAUUACACUCCGUGUUUCUUCACACCGUGACUCGACCCCGAAACCUUCUUUUUAGCAGCUGAACAAACCCUAGGGAUAGCUGCACUGAUUCGAUUCUCUUCACCCGGUUCAACUCGGGAAUAUUUUCGUGGGAAACUAAUGCAAAGAUGAGUUCCUUCUCUAUUACGCGCAAAAAGACACCUUUCCAGAAGCAUAGAGAGGAGGAAGAAGCAAAGAAGAAGAGAGAGGAUGAUGAAACAGCUCGAUUGUAUGCUGAGUUUGUGGAGUCAUUUCAAGGGGACAACACACCUGGGUCUAAGGCUUUUGUUCGAGGUGGAACCAUCAAUCCCAAUGAGAGAGUAAAGACUGAUUCCGAAGGUGAAAAGUCCAAAGAUGGGGUAUCUGGUCCAAAAAAGGGAAGUAGGUAUGUUCCAUCUUUUUUGCCACCUCCCAUGGCAGUCAAGGGGAAAGAAUCUGAGAAGAAGAAAGAGGAGGAAAGACCAAAGGACAAGGAAAAGGAAAAGGAAAAAGGGAAGGCACGUAACAUUGAUCAUUUCAUGGAGGAGCUGAAGCAUGAACAUGAGAUGAGGGAGAGGCGAAAUCAGGAACGUGAGCGCUGGCGUGAUGGGCGUGCUACUGAGAUUGCUGCUCCAUCUAGUAGAUUUGAUGAAUUGCCUGAUGACUUUGAUCCAACUGGAAAGGGAUCAUUUGAUGAUGGUGAUCCACAAACUACAAAUCUUUAUGUUGGGAAUCUCUCUCCUCAGGUUGACGAGAAUUUUCUUCUGCGAACUUUCGGAAGAUUUGGGCCUAUUGCUAGUGUCAAGAUAAUGUGGCCUAGAACAGAAGAAGAGCGAAGGCGGCAGAGAAAUUGUGGAUUUGUAGCAUUUAUGAAUAGAGCUGAUGGGCAGGCUGCAAAAGAUGAAAUGCAAGGAGUUGUUGUGUAUGAAUAUGAGUUGAAGAUAGGCUGGGGUAAAUCUGUAGCUCUUCCAUCACAAGCACUACCUGCUCCACCACCAGGACAUAUGGCCAUCAGGAGUAAAGAGGGUGCCACUGUAAUUCUCUCUGGUCCAUCGGGCCCGCCAGUAACUUCGGUCCCAAACCAUAACUCUGAACUGGUUCUUACUCCAAAUGUUCCUGAUAUAAUGGUUGUUCCACCUGAUGAUGAUCAUCUCCACCAUGUAAUUGAUACAAUGGCUUUGUAUGUUUUGGAUGGAGGAUGUGCUUUUGAACAAGCUAUCAUGGAAAGGGGCCGUGGGAAUCCUCUUUUCAAAUUUUUGUUUGAGCUUGGCUCGAAGGAACAUACAUAUUAUGUUUGGAGGCUGUAUUCUUUUGCUCAGGGUGAUACUCUUCAAAGGUGGCGAACAGAACCUUUUAUCAUGAUAACUGGUAGUGGAAGAUGGAUGCCACCGCCUCUGCCCACAGCAAAGAGCCCAGAGCAUGAAAAGGAGUCUGGUAACACAUAUGCUGCUGGAAAAAGCAGGCGUGUUGACCCAGAACGAACCCUGACUGAUCCCCAGAGGGAUGAGUUUGAGGAUAUGUUACGUGCGUUAACGUUAGAAAGAAGUCAGAUAAAGGAUGCUAUGGGUUUUGCUUUGGAUAAUGCUGAUGCUGCGGGAGAGAUAGUUGAAGUUCUAACAGAUUCUCUGACACUGAAAGAAACUCCUAUUCCAACUAAAGUUGCAAGGCUCAUGCUUGUCUCUGACAUUCUACAUAAUAGCAGUGCACCCGUAAAAAAUGCUUCCGCAUACCGCACCAAAUUUGAAGCCACACUACCUGACAUAAUGGAGAGCUUUAAUGACUUGUAUCGUAGUAUAACUGGGAGGAUCACUGCUGAGGCCCUCAAGGAGCGGGUUCUGAAAGUAUUGCAAGUAUGGUCAGACUGGUUUCUAUUUUCAGAUGCAUAUGUGAAUGGAUUGCGGGCUACCUUUCUACGUUCUAGUACUUCGGGUGUUAUCUCUUUUCAUUCUAUAUGUGGUGAUGCACCAGAAAUAGAAAAAAAGUUUAACUCAGAAGAUAUAGGUGAUGGAGGAAAGAUCAACCAAGAUGCUGCAUUGGCAAUGGGCAAAGGAGCUGCUGUGAAGGAACUAAUGAGUCUUCCUCUUGCUGAGCUUGAAAGACGUUGUAGACAUAAUGGAUUGUCUCUUGUUGGUGGUAGAGAAAUGAUGGUUGCCCGAUUGCUCAGUCUUGAAGAGGCAGAAAAGCAGAGGGGCUAUGAGUUAGAUGAUGACUUGAAAUUUUCUCAGAGCCAUUCUAGUUCUAGUAAAUUUUCAAGUGGGCGCAGAGAAACAAAUGUUGAAUCAGAGCCAGUGGGAUUGUCAGGGUGGAAUCUUUAUGAGGAGGAUGGGACACCUUCUCAAAGCAGAGGGUCUGCAUCUUUAGUAGCAACCCUUCCAAUUCCACAACCUGAAUUAAAAGCCUUCACAAAGAAAGAGAAAAACGAACCUGUUCUGCCGGCCUCUAAAUGGGCUCGAGAUGAUGAUGACAGUGAUGAUGAGCAAAAAAGAAGCACUAGAGGUUUGGGGUUGAGCUACUCGUCCUCUGGAAGUGAAAAUGCUGGUGAUGAUCCAGGUAAGGCUGAUGAUGAAACGGAGUUUGUUACUGAUGCAAGUGUUCCCAUGCAACCUGACAGCGGGAUGAAUGAAGAGCAGAGACAGAAGUUGAGACGUUUGGAGGUUGCUUUGAUAGAAUACCGUGAAUCCCUCGAGGAGCGAGGGAUGAAAAGUGUAGAGGAAAUUGAGAGGAAAGUUGCAAUCCAUCGGAAAUGGCUACAGUCAGAAUAUGGUUUAUUGGUUUCUUCUCAAGAUGUCCCUGGGAACAGUAAGAGAACAUCUUCAGAAAGGAGGGAUAGAAGGGAUGAUAGCCGUGAAUCAUCACGAAAGCGACACCGCAGCCAGAGCAGAAGCCAGAGCCCACAAAGGAAAACAUCAACCAGGGACAAGGAGAGGGAAAUUGAUUUAGAAAGGGAGCGGGAAAGGCACUGGGAUAGAGAUAGAGCUCAUGAUUUGGAAAGUGAAAGGUGGGAGAGGGAUCGCCGCGAAAAGAGUGGGAGUAGAGAGCGGGAUGAUCAUGAUAGGGAGAGAGGUAGAGGUAGAGGUAGAGAUAGAGAUAGAAGGAGACGAGUAAAGUGAGUUAAUUGGUUUAUGGCACUCGAGGAAUGAUGUAGAAUUUCUUUGCCUGACAGAGUUGACUCUUUCUAAAUGUGUGAUACUUCGGAGUGAAAUUGGUCUGAGUGUUGAAGUGGGAACGUUUAGAUGAAGAGAUUAAUUGGCUUAUCAAUGCCUCCAUGGGAUGUCUGCCUUCCCGGUGAGAACCUGAGGGUGGAGAAUGCUUCUUGUUAAACAAUGUUGUAGUUAGAUGUAUUUUCAUUUUGCCAUUAAAAAUUUAAUGUCAUGGUUGUGUUCAAGUGCUCAA